CUCGCUAUGUCGACCCAAGUCAUCGUAGGCAUCUAUAUCCUCGGAGCAGCGUGCAUGGUCGCCCUCGACCAUCGCUUCCGCGGGUUCGUCGCGGUGGAGACAAGCCCAGUAUCGCUUGUGUGUAUCGCCCUUCUGUCUGCAAGGACGUCCUUCGACAUGUCGACUUUCUAUGGGGACGCGACGCCGGUUCACACGCUGUUCAAACCCAUCCCGGACCAGACCAACCUCGCAGACUUCGUCUGGAUGGUCCUGUCCAAAUGUACGUACUGAUGAUGUCUAUGUAUUCUCGAUAGCUACUAUCGACCGUGUCGCAAAUGCUUGGGUGGGUCUCGUGCUACGCCUUACCAGUCUUAGCUUUGAGGCUGUGGUUGGGCUCAUCCUCGUGUUGCAGUCCAUGUACCACCCACGUACCCCUAACCGACUCACCACCGCCGGCCACGCGAUCACUGUCACCCCUCGACUCCCACUCGCACCAGCUCCUACUGGUGCCAGUGAAGUCCGCGCCGCUGCCGCCGUGUUCAUGAGUGGGGUUAGCUUUGGUACCGUACAACGACCGACGGCCGUCCAGCCGUCUGCUGCGGCCUAAGAACAACCCCUGACGACCCCAUCCGUUUAGUACUAGUACUCGUAGUACUACUAGUAGUAUGUAAUGCACAAUUAUUCAGUUGUAUACCGGUA